UAUGCGACACGUACGCACAUAGUACAUGUAUUACGCUAAAUUAAGCGGAUACUGACAAGGAUAUUGUAAAAUAUUUGAAUCUAACUAUCGCUAUAUUACAGACUUACACUGAGUCGUGCAAUAAAACAUAACCAUGCAAUUUCAAUUUUGCAGCUAGACGUUUUUUUACGCAGGUUUUUGUUUAGAUAACAAAUUGCAGAAGAAAGGCAAUCGAACUGAAUUGUAUUUGAGGAGAUAUUUGUUAAGUCAUUGUGUCACAUGAACUCUUGUACCAGUAAUUGUACUGAAUGAACUUCGUUUAUUACAACUCAAUACUGUGACGACGUAUUUGAAGCAGAAAGUUGGUUGGAGAUGUAACGUUUGAAACUUUAAACUGUACGAAGAUCUGCUUUAAAGGACAUAAAUGUAUAUGCGAGUAAAUACUUUUAUACACAGUUAUGUGUUAACGCCGACUGAACGUGUAUUAUUACAUAUAAAAUUACCAAAAACUAUUUCAAAACGAUAUGAAUGUAAAAUGCAAGUCUCGUGUUAAUUUGCUUCGAAUAGAAUUCUUAUGAUGCAUAUCAUUACAAUAAUUAUAUCUUAACGCUUAUUCGGAAGUACUCUGAGGAGAUGUAUGGUGUGAUUAACCAGUCAAUGAACUGCCAUGGGAACACAUAUGUUCCCACAUCAGCAGACAAACUAAAGUGCUCAAUCAUCGUUAUAGUCAUGAUACUGAUCAUCGCCGGAAACGUCUGCUGCCUGGUAGUUUUCAACCACCCUGACACCCGAAAGCUGUUCAUGAAGCGCGUACGCUACAUAAUGACGUCACUGUGUUGCACGGACCUCGGUAUCGGAGCGCUGGUGUGUCCCUCCACUAUCUAUCCAGCGCUGUAUCAUUGUUGGCCGCCAGGGAACACCAUGUGCCAGAUCGAGGCGCUGCUCAUAUCCGCUCUUUUCCAUGAGUCGACCUUGAACAUGGUCGUCAUCGCCAUCGACCGCUACUGCGUCGUCCACUUCCGUUGGUACAACACGUACAUGAACUCUCGCCGCUUCCUAUUUAUCAUCCUUGGGACUUGGGUCAUCGUGUUCAGCUGCUAUGCAGUGGUCAUUUUUGCCGGGAAGCAGUAUUACUACGACGAGUUCGGCAUAAACUGCGAGCCGUUCUACGAGAAUGCGACGUUGACGCUGACCGUGCUGAGCAUCUUCUUCUUCCUGCCCACUGUCAUAUUUGUCUUCUGCUAUGUGUCCAUCUAUGUGACGGCAAACAGGAGAAAGGUUUUCACCGUCUCGUCUGAUGACAAGUCUGGGUGGAUGGUCAACGCGAACAUCCGGACGUCCAAAUACCUAGCGGCUAUCACGACCGGCUUCUUCCUGACGAUAGCCCCGUGGACGCUGAUGACGCUAAUCAUAGUGGCCGCUAAAGUCAGCAUCGAUCACGACAUUGACUUCGCGAUCACAUGGCUCACGCUGAGCAACAGCUUUUGUAACUGUCUUAUAUACGGCAUCAUGAACAGGAAGUUCAGACGAGCAGCCUUGCGGGUGUUUCUGGGGCGGCUGAUGAAGUCUCUGAACGUUUGGUCUACGGAAAAGUCGGCGGAUAAGUCCACAGACGACUUUGAGGGUAACUCCUCUACGUACUGUAAGUACAAGCGCCGGACAAUAAACACGAAUACUUGCAUACAUGGUGAGGGAAGCAAGGCUAGCACCAGCCUUAUGCACUCCCCGUUGCCGUCAAGUACGCCGCUUGUUCAGCGGAAGGCGAUGGACGCCACACCGAAACGCAUUGAUAAUACAUCAUUUGUUUUGAGCAAAAGGCCUGUGAAUACAAACUCCACAGAGACAACGAUGAUAUGGCAAUUAUAGGUAAAACACCAUAUGAAGUACAGCAACAUUUAAAUAUUUUAAAAACAUAUUGUGACACGUGGGGUCUAAAUGUAAAUACUUCAAAGACAAAAAUCAUUGUUUUUCGUAAACGGGGUGGCUUACGGCAUACUGGAAGCUGGACAUACAAUGGGGAAAACAUAGAAGUUGUGAGCGAUUUUAACUACUUAGGAAAAGUCUUUAAUUACACUGGUAAAUUUAUCUUAAAUCAAGAGCAUCUAGUUGGAAAAGCGUUGAAAGCUAUGAAUGUUCUUUUGUGUAAGUGUAAGGAAUUUGACUUAAGACCUAAGACAAUGUGUCAGUUAUUUGAUGCCUUUGUGAGUUCUAUUUUGAAUUAUUCCUGUGAGGUUUGGGGAUAUACUAAGUCAAAGGAACUGGAAAGAGUGCAUCUCAAGUUCUGUAAGCGGUUAUUGAAUGUUAAAAUAAAUACAUGUAAUGCAGUCACAAAUAAUGAAUUAAGACGAUACCCUUUGUUUAUUAAUAGGUAUUUUAGAAUGAUUAAAUACUGGUUGAAAAUUGUAACCUCAAACAAUAUAAUUAUUAAAACUAUUUAUUCACAAUCUGUAGCAGAUUGUUAUAACGGUCAUUUAAAUUGGGCCGCAAUAUCAAAAAAUUGUUAACAGAAUAUGGCCUUGCAUAUAUAUUUGACAAUCCUAACGUUAUCGAUCAGGAUACAUUUUUGAAUGAAUUUAAAACCCGUAUUAUAGACACUUUUAAGCAAGAAAUUAUGUCUAAAAUAGAAAAUAGCUCUAUGUUAAAUCUAUACAAGUAUUGUAAACAAUCACAUUACUAUGAACCAUAUCUAGAUAUUUUGUCCAAAAGUAAUCGGUUUUUUAUGAGCAAACUUAGAUUAAACGGACUUCCUCUAUUUACACAAAAAGGCCGUUAUAAAGAAAUUCCUAGAGAAGAAAGAUAUUGUACCUUUUGCAACUCUAGAGAUAUAGAGGACGAGUACCAUUUUGUCAUUAUAUGCAUUUGUUAUACUGUAAUUAGAAAGAAGUAUAUUAAACAAUAUUACUAUGUUAAACCUUCUGUAUUUAAAUUUACACAACGUUUGACCUCAGGUAAUAAGACAGAUAUAAAUAAUCUUUGUAAAUUUGUAAAGGAAGCUCUAAACUACAGAAAUGCACUUAAUUUUGUAAAUAACUAAAACACAGUUCAUCUUCGAAUAAGUUCUCGAGUAUGUAUUGUUUAGCAAAUACAUGAAAGUUCGUAUAACUCUUUCAUUUAAUGCUAUGUCAUGUUGUUUUAUGUAUUAUACAUGUUAAUGUAUCGAAGACGAUGUACAUGUACAAGUCUUAAAUAAAAUGUUCUGUUCUGUUCUGUUCAACACCAGAGUAUGAAUUGAUGUAUUCGGAUAUUUUAUUGUUUAGCCUGACGCCUGAUUUUACUGAUGAAUACAAAGCUUUGAGUGCAGAAAACAUUUUAGAGCUUAUGUGUGCGGUAAUUUACUUUUGCCAUAGUAAUGAAAUAUUUAUACUGUCAUAACAUUUAGCCUAAUCAAUAAAAAUGCAAUAUAAUUUUU